CCAACUUCCCCUAUUUCUAAACUCACCCCUGCAGUUUUUCUCUUCGUAACAUCUUAGAGAACAACUGCAAAACAAAUAAACAAAUAAAAUAAAACUCCAUAAACAAACAAUAAAAUGGCCAGCAACAAGGUUAUUAUCCUUGCACUUCUUCUCAUCGCCAUUGUUGGCCUAGCCUCCGCCACUGAGCCUGCCACAACCGCUGCCGCACCGGCCGGAGGAGACGAUGACUCCAUUGGUACUAGUGAUGAUGGUGUAACGGCUGAAGCACCCGGUGUUGUGUCCGGUGAAGUUGUUCCGGGGCCGUUGGGCAGUGGCUCUGACACUGAUGGGUCUUCUUCUCCGGCGGAGUCACCUAAAGCUGGCGCCUCUGCUCUUGAAUUCUCUGCCAUUGCUGGUGUUGCAGCUGUUGCUGGCUACUUUUUCUAAGUUUUCUUCUUCUUUUUUAUAUGUUUUUGUUUUCAUAUUUUCGAUAUAUUAUAUGUAAUUGUUGUUUAGUUGUCUAUGUACAAGAAUGUUUUUCUUUGAGGUUUUCUGAAAGAUUAUAAUGUUAAAAGAUCAUAUUGAUUAA